CUGGCCUGGUGGCCCGCCACUCCUUUACUCUCCUCCAAGCCACAAAUCCAGCAUUUCGCCCAUCAUUAGAAUUACUUCGUCUCAAUGACGCGAAUCCAAUGACAUCCCUGUACCCGCCUACCGUACCUUGCUCAUCACUUACAACCCAUCUCCGCGGAGCCGUCUCGAGACAGAACAAAACAAGCAACUGUGACCCAAAAACGGAUACGAAACCAUAGGCGACCCUUGCGUUUACAUCCAGUCAAGGUACUGUCAACCCAACAACUAUACAGAAUCCCUUCGCAAGACCAUCCCUCACUUCUCACCUCUUCUCUUCCUCCAACAGCAGGUCAGCGGGUCAGUCGACGAAGCCCACGCAUACUCAGAGAAUAUCAAGACCACCACCACCAUCACCACAUAACACAUUAUAGAUCAUCUCCUCCUGUCAUCCACCAAAUGGACAACAAGCCUCCCCCAAAGCACGAAUCCGUCGGCCAAAAACUCAGCGGUAAGCAAGAAGAGGAGCUGGAGAGAUCAAUGAGGCUGCUUCAAAGCAAGAUGGACAAGGACCAGUGGGAGGCUGAGAAGAAAAAAAUGCACGAAGCGGAGAGAAAGGCCAAGGCCGAGGCCGCCGAGAAGCAGAAGAUGAAGGAAGAGGCUGAAAAGGGUACUGGCACUCAGUAGCAGGGGCAGGACCAGUGCCAAUGACGACUGACAAGGCUACCGUGGAAACCACUGCGGAGGCUGGUGAGGGAGCUAAGAGUGGUGAUAAAGGUGAGGGUAAAGGAUAACAACGAUGGAUUGGUACGGAGGGUGAGGAUAGAUGGGGAGAGUGUUAGGUAGGGCAUGUAAGGUUGGGAGAGGGGGUUAAAGGAAGCGGGAAAGGAAAAGGGAUGAUUGAUUUAGAAGACGGUAGCAUGCAUUUACGCCCAGAUGUGGGGAGCGGAUUGAGAGGCGAUUUACGCUUCACGCGGGCAAUUGCCAGAAGGAGCGGGUGUUGAUAUAUCAUUGAAUCACUCCAUUAUUCUCCCCUAUAAGCAUGUUCUGGCCUGCUUCAAUGCCA